CAGCACCAUGAGGGUACAGGGUACUACUGGUGUGUUGAUCCAAACACAGGUGAUAUUAUUGAAGGGACAACAAAAGAUGAAGGAAAUUCAUCAGAUUUGCCGAACUGUGAUAUUAAAGAAGAUACUCAAUCUUUAAAUCUCACAUCCUGCUUAAAAGACAGAGCAUCAAAGUUAAAACUUUCAGAAAAAAUUCCUGAUAUAAACAUUCCUGAAUGCAAUCCUGAAGAUGGCUUGUACGAGUCACUGCAAAUUGGUAAUGGAGGUCGUUUUAAAUGGUGUGUUAACAGAUUGACUGGAAAGUUAAUUGAAGGAACUAUCACUGAUGGUGCUGAAAAACAACCACACUGCUCAGAUAUACUUGUUAAUUCUAAGUGUUUGGCUCAGAAGGAAGUUGGACCAUGCAAGGGGGCUGUUUCUGCUUUUUAUUUCAACAAAGAGACAUUAAAAUGUGAACCAUUUAUGUAUGGAGGCUGUAACGGAAAUGAAAAUAAUUUUCAAACAUUGGUUGACUGUCAAAAAGCAUGCGGAAGUUUGUCAAAAUGUUUGAUUGAGAGAGAAGUUGCACGAUUGAAGAAUAAUCCUUAUAUUCCUGAAUGUACAAACGAUGGCUUGUACAACCAGGUCCAGAACUAUGCUGGAAACUAUUGGUGUGUUGACAUUGUUAAAGGAACUUUAUUAAAGGGAAGCAUGUUGCAAGGGAAAGUUCCAAGUUGCGAUCAAGGAAAAUCAGUCAGUGAAAACGAGUUUCCUGUAAAUUGUCUCAAAGAACUAACAAGUAAAAAACUUUUACCUGGUACAUUUGUACCACAAUGUGAUGAAAAUGGUUAUUAUAGAGAGGUUCAAGUGCAUGGUUCUACUGGAAAUUCUUGGUGUGUUCACAAGUAUGAAGGAACUGAAAUAGAGGGAACAAGAGUUGGUCCGGGCAGAGAUCCAAAAUGCCCAUAUGCUUCCAAUCCUGAUUGUUUGCUUCCUCGAAAUUCAGGUUUGAAUGAACAACCUGACUCUGAAAGGCCAGAUUGCUUUGGAUUAUCUCAACGCAUUUAUUAUGAUUGGCAACAAGGAAAAUGUCUUAGUUUCAAUUAUGGUGGAUGUGGGGGUAAUAAAAACAAUUUUAAAAAUUUGGAGGAAUGCCAACUUAUUUGUAAUGUAACUCCAGGAUCACCUAUUCAUUUCCAACAAGAAGUAGACGGAACUUCGGAAACAAAAAUACCAUCAGAAACAUCUGCAUUUCCUAUUUAUGAGUUUGAAAUUCAUCCAACUGAAAAAAUUCCUCUCGGAACACCAUGUUCUGUGGUAGCUGAUUUUGCCAGGCAGGUUGCUAAUUCAAACAGGCAAUUGUUGGGUAAUUACAUUCCACAAUGUGAUCAGAGUGGAAACUAUAAUCCUUUACAAUAUCACAAUUCAACAGGCAUGAGAUGGUGUGUUAAUGUUACAACAGGUGUUGAAAUAAAUGGAACUCGUGUUUAUCCUGGCCAAAAUGAUCCAAAAUGUGAGACAAGCUAUUCAGAUAAUUCAGUAGUUUCUACAGCAAUGCCACCACCAGAAUUUGUUGUCAUUCCUGUUUUAAAUCCUCCUCCUACACCAAAGCCAACAUCAGUUAAUGUAAAGGAAACAUAUUCAAUACUAUCACCAGUGGGUAUCAAUGUUUCCAUUGUAACUCCUGCUGUUACAACUCCUACUAUAAAUUCAUCAGAAAAAAAAUCUAAUUGCAGUUUUACAAUUGGAACAAAUCUUGUAAAGUUAGGAUGUUAUCUUGAUACACAACAUGAUCCAAGACCUCUUCCAGUACUUUUAUUUGACGAUGAAGGUUCAGCAGAACACCAAGGUGACUGGGCUGCUUAUAUCAAUAACGUAGUUUGCAAAUGUGCAGUUGAAACAGAAAAGCGUGGAUGGUAUACAUUUGGUAUUCAAAGAUAUGGUGCGUGCUACUCUGGUCCUGAUGAAGGGCGUUACAAAGAAGAUGGUCAAGCAAAAGAUAAAAUGUGCAUUGGAGAAGAUCUUCAAACUUGUUCCGCAACAAACACCCAAGCAUGUGUUGGAAUCACUGAUAGUGAUCACUCUUCAAUGGCAAAUUAUAUUUACAUGAUCAAGACUGAUUCUCAUCAAUCUAUAAGAAUUAUUCAAUACGAUAAAAAGAAACGCAGUAUUCCGAAGAAGUUAAUUAAACGAAAAAAAGACAAAAAACAUUUGUAAACGUUGCAAGUUUCGAUUGCCUUUAAAUUUUCUGUAUGCAUUGUAUCGUUGAAGCUUACUUCAAUGAAGCUGAACUAAACUAAACUUCGUUGAAGUUCGUAUACGUUAUAUGAUUGGUACAACCGCUGUAUAGUUAAAACUAUGUUUGAUAUACAUUGUAAAUACUGUAUGUAUUUCGAGCUGGUCAAGGAAUAGUCUUACGAGAGUUGUACGGAUUUGAUCGUUUCUUUAUGCGAAGUUCUCAACCAAUAAACUAAAGAAAAAAUAUUUUAAGGCAAUAGUCAAGACAUUUUAAGUAUGAAAUGUAUAAAUAUGAAUGAAAUAUGAAAUAAAUAUGAGACAUUUUAAGUAUGAAAUGUAUAAAUAUGAAUGAAAUAUGAAAUAUAUGAGACAUUUUAAGUAUGAAAUGUAUAGAUAUGAAAAUCUUUAGAAGUUUUUAUUGAACUGUAUGAAACAUAUCUUGAAUUAUUACAAAACAAAAAAGAUUCUGUUUUAUAA